AUGGCUGCUGUUGAAAACCCGGAGAAGUCAGCCAUUGACACCAACUCAAUGGAGAAGAAUGUCACAGGUGGUAACAAUGACCCGAUGUUUGGCGAUCUCAGAAACGCCGACGGGUCGUCGCUGCGCAGCGGCGAAGAUAUCCUCUCCCUGCAGGAUCUCGACCCCGCCCUGAACAUGAAGAUGCAUCUUGUGAACAACGCAAUUGACGAGAUUGGCUGGACUGGCUACCACUGGAAACUCUUCUUCCUCAAUGGAUUCGGCUAUGCCGUCGAUUCCUUGAUCCUCCUUUUCCAAUCCAUUGUUGCCCCGUCUGCUUUCCGCGAAUUUGGCCAGCACGGUUACGCCAAUGCGCUUACCAUCGCCGUGUACGUCGGUAUGCUGACGGGCGCCAUUUUCUGGGGUUUCAGCGCCGAUGUCAUUGGUCGCAAAUGGGCUUUUAACAUUACCCUCUUCAUCUGCUCUGCAAGCUGCGUGAUCGCUGGUGCCAUGCCCAACUGGCCAUCUCUCGCAUUCUUCAUCGCCCUUCUCGGCUUUGGUGGAGGCGGCAAUCUCAUCCUGGACACAACCGUCUUCCUCGAGUAUCUUCCUAGCAAUAAGCAGUGGCUCUUGACCUUCCUGGCGGCAUGGUGGGGCCUUGGACAGGCCGUCACUGGUUUCAUUGCCUGGGGUUUCAUGGCCAACAACUGGGGCUGGCGAUAUAUGCUUUUCACCGGUGGUGCUAUAGUGUUUGUCAUGUCUGUUCUUCGAAUCACAGUGGUCAGACUGCGCGAGACGCCCAAGUAUCUCCUCGGCCUUGGUGAGGAUGCCAAGGUGGUGGAAACAUUCCAAUUCUUGGCUACCAAGUACAACCGCCCAUGCUCCCUGACUCUCGAGAAGCUUGAGGCCUGUGGACAGAUUCAAUCGGCUCACGGCAAGAAGCUGUUUUCCUUCUCCGAAACCCGCAUUCAUUUCCGUGGACUCUUUAUCAACAAGAAGAUGACCAUCUCCACCAUCCUGGUCUGGCUUUCGUGGGCUUUGAUCGGCCUUAUCUACCCGCUCUUCUACGUGUUCCUUCCUACCUAUCUUGCCAACCACGGCAGAGUCUUUGACCGAACCACCUUCGAAACGUGGCGCAACUACUGCAUUACCAACAUUUGCGGUAUUCCCGGUCCGAUCAUUGCAGGAUACAUGUGCAACACAAAACUGCUUGGCCGCAAAUACACCAUGUCUAUUGGCGCUUUGAUUACCUGUGCUUUCUUUUUUGCUUACACCGCAGUCAAGACCGCAGCUCAAGAUACGGCCUUCACCUGCUUGAUUGCAUGUUUCCUGAACAUCUACUAUGGCACGCUGUACGCCUACACUCCGGAGGUGCUUCCCAGUGCCCACCGAGGCACCGGCAACGGUGUGGCCGUGGCCUUUAACCGCAUCAUGGGUAUUGUCUCGGCUAUUGUGGCGACUUUUGCAAACACUCAGACGUCGGCACCUCUGUAUAUUUGUGCGGCUCUCUUCAUUCUUGCUGCUGGUAUUUCAGCAGUAUUCCCCUAUGAGCCAUAUGGACGACGCAGCUCAUAA